GUGCUAUUAAUGGUGUUCAACAACAAAAAGUAGAGCCAAUUAUUGUAUCAAAAGUUAGUAACGAAAAAAUGAAAUAUAAUAAUGACAACCUACCAGAAAAAUUUCUAAAAGAUCUAUCUGAAAAGCCUAUUGAUGAAAUAGUCAAUUUUAUUGAAGGCAAUAAAGCAACCAAUGAAAAAAGAGCUGCAAAAAAAGCUCGACGCAGAGAGAAAAAAGAGGAAAUGGAGAGAAUAAAAAAAGAAGAAGAAGAAGCCGAACGUAAAAGAAUUGAAGAAGAACACAAAAAACAAGAAAUAGAAAGACUGAAGCGCGAGGAAGCGUUAAAAAAAGAAAAGAAAAAAGGAAAAAAUCAAAACAAACAGCAAAAACAGAAUCAGCAACAAAAACAAGUUACUAAUUCUAAAACUCAGCCAAUAACCAAGCAACAAGUACAGCAGAAUACUCAAUCUUCUAAAAAGAAAAACAAGCAAUCUCAGGGAAAUAGUAAUAAAGAAACUGUGCCAAUUAAAAAAGAUGAAAAAGGCAAAAAAGAUGACGUAGAAGGUGCAAAAAUGGUUACAAUUAAGAGGGAUUCAGAUAGUUCUAAAGUAACCAUUACUUUUAGAGGAGCUGUAGAAGAUGAUGUUUUAUGUACUUUAUAUGACAAUGAAGCUAUUAAAGCAAUUCAGAGAUUGUGUGAUAAAAGUAAACAACCUCAAAAUAUAAUUGAGGAUAAACCUAAUAAAAAGAGAAGCAGGAAUCGUAAAAAGAAACACACUGAACCUGAACAACCUGAAAUUCAACUUCCAUCAAAACCAGUAGAAAGUGUAUUAAUAACUAAUAAAAAUGCACCAAAGUUACCAACAAACAUGAAGUGGUAUUGUUCGCCAGAUGUUAACAUUACACCCAUACCAAGUACUUCAAAUUCUGUUCAGUCAAAACCUAACACAGUGUUAAUAAAACGAA